AUAAAAGACAAAAAGCGACGAGUCGAUUUUGUUCCCAUAGUACUAUUUCGCCAUCGUGUGGAAGUGGAUCAUCAGAACGAAAAUGAGAUAUUCGUCAACAUUUUGAGCAAUGGUCUAUUAGCGUUGUUGCCACGAGGGUAGAGAUGUGUCGUGAGUACUAUUCGUUUCGCCCAGGUUCUGUCGUCGUGGGUAAGGUUUGCAUAGCGUCACAGCUCCUGAGCGCAAUCUGCAGUGUUAGUUGUUCAGUAAAACGAAGAGCAAUGUUGAAUAAAGUUCUUGCUAUAGGGAUCCGUGCUUGUAGGUGAAACAAGUUCCUGAAGGAACCCCUCACAGCACCACAAACUAAGUAUGUCUGGUCUCCUGAAAUCCGUCGACGCCUUCAAUAUUUUCGACGGAAUCCUGUACCCAGCGUCCAGCUCCGAGGCCACUCCUGAGCUCGUCGAGGUGAAGUUCCGGCCAAAAGCUUCUCCGUCGCUCCCCGACGUUUCUGUGAUAUGAAUUGCAAAAGUAUCGUACUCGUAUACAGCAUUAGAAAUAUAACUUGUCAUGCCGAUUUGCCUUAGGAAAAAAUUUUGUAAUGCAUGACCGCAAUUACUACGAGUGCGAUACUUUUGCAAAGGAUAUGUGACCUGUCCAAACGACAAAGGAGAAUGCGACCGGGAGUGCCAUCGGUUAUGAGAGUGCACAACUCCCCCUCCCCCUCAUUUGUAUUGCAUUGAACAGCAAUAGAAGGGCCUGCACGAGUGCAGCUUUUGCAUGACAAAUUUUCACAGGAUUGUAGUGGUGUUUGGGGGGCUGCAGCCAGAAUCUGUGAUGCUACCAUUCACAAGGGGCAAAAACUAGAUUUGGCAUUUGGCAUGACAAAUGAGGGGGAGGGGGUCCGUUGUGCACUGUGAUAUCGCUGGUUCGCGGGCGAUAAAGCGGCGCAGAUGGAACCUUGUCAGCAGGCCGUGAGGGCACAUUUUGCGGCGAAGGCACCACUGUGCACGAUUAUGUGAGGACGGAAAAUUAUCAUUUAUGUGGUAGUGGAUAGAACAAGAACGACAUUACAUAGCUGAACUGAAUUGUUGUAGCUUGAGCUUGCGUUUCUGUUUCCAGAUCAAUAAUGACUUCAACUAGAAAUCGAACGAGAAAUGAAAGCACUCCUCCGCAGCGUCUCGUGCAGUAUUGGGGCCAGGUUUUUUGAUGCCAAAUUGAAGUUUUGAGACGGUGAAACGUCUCUCAUGCUCUGGCGCGAAUCGAAUCUGAAUAUGAAUACACAAUCAAAACGCCAGAAAAAGUGAGGAAAAAGCUGUGUUUCUUUCGACUCUGACUCACAAACCGG